GGACAACCGAGGGAAAAUAUGAGGAAAAGAAAGCUCUGAAGGGUAGAUUGCUAGUACUCAAGCAGGGGAACAAAAACGAUUCUGUCCACCAUCCCGCUUUCCAUCCACACUCCGCUAUACUUUCUUCACGAGUUUGCUUGCGUGUAGGAAAUCCCUGGAGACAUUUUAAGUUACUUAUUCUUGUUUAAAAGUAAUCGAGGGCGACUUCAUAAAGUAUAAAACGAUAUAAUUAUAGAGCCCUGACACAACCAACAUUUCUAGGGUCUUAUCCUGAGCGCCUUUCUUUAAAAGUAAAUUGAAUGGAUAUGAAUGGACUGCAAUCAUUGGGAAGUGAAAGUAUUCACUUUCACUCAGUAGUUAGUAUCAAUGCUUACGGUAUUUACUUGGCAACAAAUCCCACUGAGUUCAGUGAGGCUUACUUUCAGGUUCUACAACAGAGAGACUGAACCUAAGGAUUAUGAUAUACAUGAAAUUAAUUUGGGUUCUAAAAACUUAUGUCAAUCUACUUACUGGAGACUUGGAACCAUGGAUCAAAAAUGGAUAACCACAUAUCAAGAUCAUCUGUCUUCUCCCUGUAGCAAAAAAGAAUACAGGGAACAAGAGAUUUGGAAACCUCUGCUGGAUGAAGAUGGUUUUCACACAAUUAUUGUUGACAGGGAGACAGGACUACCUGAAACAGGUUUUGGUGCUGUAUUGCCACGUCACCCUCCAGAGAAGUUUAAAAUGUUUCUGGAUACAACAUACCGAAUAGACUAUGUUCCACCAUAUGACUAUGGACCAUAUGUUAUACCUGAUACAGGUGGAUACUCUGUAGUACAUAGAAAAUGUCAUUCUCAGUUUACUGACACAGCAGAUUACAGAAGACAUGGGAUCAACACAUGGCAAGAUGAAAGUGGAGUAUAUGCUAACGCAGAUCUAAAGCAGAAAGUAUUUCCUGUAACUAAUCCUAUACCAAUAAAUGUGGAAGAAGCUAAUUCUUAAGCAUUAAUAGUGACUCUACAAAAUUAAAAUCUAUUCAUAUAUAUUAAUUUUUGUUAAUGGAAUUAUUCCCUUAAAUAGCACUGCGGCUUUUAUAAUAUUUAGUUUGAGCACCAAUCUGUAAGUUUGUACAAAGGAAUCUUAAAUUGGAACUGUGUUACUUUUGCCUGCUACUUGAUUUUAAAAAUACUCCAAAUACCAACAACUUAAUUCUUUAUAACUGGUACCAGUACUGGAUGAGAUAUGGGACUUUUCAGCACAUGACACAGAGCAGUAGUUCUUUCCUAUUUUGUGUGCAAGGAUAUAAACAGUUUUAUUUUCAGCAUAAGUAUUUGUGGUCUUCUUUGACAACUGCUUUGACAUUACAGUAGUUACACAGUUUAAAAAGUUGCAUGAAUUAUUUACAAAAGUAAGCCUUGGUAUGCACAGGCUUAGACUUCAGGCUUGCAGUGCCUGAAAGAACCUAAUUACUAAUCAGCUGACUCAGAAAUAAAAGUUUAAGCAAAGACUAUAUUACAAAUGAUUUCAAGAAAGCACUGUAAUUCUUUUUGAAAGAUUCCUUUUGAUGUUGAUCCAAAAUCUAUUAAUGCAGCAUUUUUUAGCCUUCUUAAAUAAAUCACUGAUGCUACUGGAGUGUAUGAGAUCUUUUUCACAAAACAAAAAUAUAGCCAACAUGCUUCUCUAAUGAAAGGCCAGUGCUAAUUUAUCUCACACUAUCUAAAAUUACUGCAUCAGUGCAUUGAAGAACUUGACCAGCUGAAGAAUACUUUAUAAUAAUCUCAAAUGUAGGUAAAAUUAUACUGUAUUUUUAAGAGAUUUAUAGUGUUUUUUCCAUUAAUUCCAAGUACUGAUUUUAGGGAUCCAAAAAAGGCCAACAGGAACUGGGCAGAUUCCAGCCUCCAACUGUUUCAUUUCUGUGGUCAUCACUGAAGCACCCCAAUGUAUGCAUACAGCAAGUCUUGUGUUGGGAGAAGAUGGAAAGCACCAGCUGCAAACUAAGUUCAAUGAUCUCAGUUAUGGGCUGUGGGUAAGAUGAAGGCUGUGUCAGUAGGCUAUGCCUUUAAAGGAUAUGUAGUGACAGAUCUUCAAGGUAGAGUUAGGGGAAUAUGUGGUUGUGUUCAAAAUAAGUUCAGUAACUUCAAAUGUGUUGUUACUGAAGAUAAUUAAGUCAGAAAACAAAUCUUCAAUGCUUGAGAACAAAUUUUGUAUAAUUAUUCAGUUAGAGAAAAGUGAGAGAAAACAUUCUGUAUUUUAAAGUGAGUAUUGCUUUAGUUCCAUGUCACCUCAGUAAUGUAUAUGAUAUGUGGCAACUUCUAAUCACAGAUUUAGUUCAGAUUACUGCUGCCUGUUCACAUCUGUCUAUUGGUGCUAAUAUAGGAAAGAACAUUUGGUAUUUUCUGAUUAAAAUUUUAUAAAUUACCAAGGCAAUACAUCACUGAAGUUUGACAAAGCAAUUUCUUCAGUCAUAAAUAAGCUUGGGCCAAAGGAUUACACCCUCAUACACAGUGUACAUAAAUAAGCUUUAUGAUAAGGAGUGUUAUACUAAAAAUAUUUUGUGUGUGCUUUUAGCCAAAAUGAUGAUGAUGAUGAUGAAGAAGAAUAUGUUAAGUGUGGAACAAACUAUUCUUAAGUGUUGUUUGUGCCUAUUUCCUUAGCAACUAUCCCCUCUGAUCUCUGUAUUUGCAUUAUGUGGUACUACACUGUGUUUAUUAUAUACUUCUGACAGUAUAAUUAAAGAACAGUAUACAGUGGAAUUAAAGCAUGAUGCUUUCUGCCCAGCACUUUUACUCCCAAACUCAACUCUUUCUAGUGGAUAGGCUGGGUUCAUAUACUGUGCUUAAUUGAGCCUUAUUGAGCUGUAAUUCUA